AGAUAUAAUUGUUGUUUUAAUUUGUGUAAUAAACUAGUUAGCAUGAAGUAUAACUCACUCACAUUAUUUGAUUCCAAACAACUUUCCAUUUUUUAAAUUCUUCAAAGUACAAAUUAAUUACUUUGCCUAAUGAUGGUCAACUGUUGUUAAUUUAAAAAUGUAAAUGUUAUCAGAGUAGAUAUUCCUACAAAAUAUUUUGUUAGAAUAAUGUGGUAAUAUUAAGAAUAAUGAUGGAUGAUGGAUGGGGCAAUAGUUGAGUCCACUACUAAGCAAAGUUUUGCAGCUUAUAAAAUCCCCUCUCGCCUCUCUCACCGCACCCAUUACAAAUAAUAAUAAGUCACUAAGACACUAACUAUCUCUCUAUCUUUCUUUUUUUCUUUUUCUUAAUUGGCAGAGAAACAGUAACGAACAAAUCGCAAUGGCCAGCGGAAGCGGCGAUGCCACUUCUGCUUCUGCGUCUUCUUCCUUCUCCAGUUUUAGCGCGUAUCUACACGCGCUCUCUCACACUCCUUCUCGCCUUGCAACCCGUGCCGUCUCAGUCUCCACCUCCUACGACGAGAUGACCCGCCUCCGCGCCCGAUCCGGCUCCCACAUGCGCCGCACUCUCCGCUGGUACGACCUCGUCGCCCUCGGCGUCGGCGGCAUGGUUGGUGCCGGCGUCUUCGUCACCACCGGACGCGCCGCUCACCUCUAUGCUGGUCCCGCCGUUGUCCUCUCCUACGCAAUUGCAGGCCUCUGCGCUCUUCUCUCCGCCUUCUGCUACACAGAGUUCGCCGUCGACAUGCCAGUGGCCGGCGGCGCCUUCAGCUACCUCCGCGUGACCUUCGGUGAAUUCGCGGCGUUCCUGACUGGAGCGAACCUCGUGAUGGACUACGUGAUGUCGAAUGCGGCCGUCGCGAGAGGUUUCACGUCUUACCUCGGCACCGCAAUUGGCAUCUCCUCCAGCAAGUGGAGGCUGACGGUGCCGUAUCUCCCUAAAGGCUUCAACCAGAUAGACCUGGUGGCUGUCGCCGUCGUUCUCCUCAUGACCCUCGUCAUCUGCUACAGUACCAGGGAGAGCUCAGUGGUGAAUAUAAUAUUGACGGCGUUACACAUUGUGUUCAUAGCGUUCGUGAUAGUGAUGGGAUUUUGGAGAGGAAGCUGGAAGAAUUUCACGGAGCCGAGUGAGCCGGAGAAGUAUCCGUCAGGAUUCUUUCCGCACGGUGCUUCGGGUGUGUUCGUGGGGGCUUCAGCGGUUUACAUGAGUUACAUUGGAUACGACGCCGUAUCGACGAUGGCUGAAGAAGUGAAGGAACCAGUGAAGGACAUACCGAUCGGUGUGUCAGGGUCGGUGGCUAUUGUCACUGUUCUCUAUUGCCUCAUGGCAGCAUCCAUGUCCAAACUUCUCCCAUACGACUUGAUCGAUGCGGAAGCGCCGUUUUCGGCGGCGUUCAGUGGGAAAUGGGUGUCGCGGGUGAUAGGAGUGGGGGCCAGCUUCGGGAUCUUGACGUCGCUGUUAGUUGCAAUGCUUGGUCAGGCCCGUUACAUGUGCGUCAUCGGACGGUCUGGCGUGGUCCCCACUUGGUUCGCCAGGGUCCACCCUAAAACUAACACCCCUGUCAACGCCUCCGCUUUUCUUGGUCAGUAUUCUUUCUUUACCUUCCCUUAAUAGUUAAUACUACUAUCUAUCUAUUACUACUAAAUAAGCCGUAAUUUCAUAUCAUCAUGAUAAUGUUGUGAUUCAUUUUAUUUAAUCAACGUGUCUGUGUGGCGUGCGUGAAUGGAUGUGGAUCCCAUUUGAGGAUGUGAGUUGAUGAGGGAGAGUGGAGAUUGUGUUGGACCCACUAUCAUGAAAUUGGGUCUGGGAUUUGCGUGGUUAUGAUUUUGUUGCCUUGUGCUUGUGAUAAGAUCAAUAUCAUGUUCAUGUGAAUGGGACGUCAUUUUGUUUAAACAAACGAUGUUGGGGUUUUUAUCUUGUAUCU